CUUUACUACAACACCAUAUACCCACUCUCACCAUGGCCGUGUCACCCACAAUCGUCCUUCCAGGCGAUGAAAUUCCAAAAAGCGCUUUACCUCAAGGCACAGGCAAGAAAAAGACAUUGACAAUUGGACCCGGUCUACGCCAUAUACCUCCCGACACCGUCACAGCCACCAUUGCAGGCGCCCUAGUCACCGACAACAGGAAGAAUGCCGCCUCAAUCGAAUUCAACAGUGGAAGAUACCUCCCCUUCACAGGUGACCUCGUCAUAGCCACUGUCUCCAGCUCUGCCGCCGAAACCUUCAACUGCCUCCUCACACCCUCCACCCCGCCCGCUACCCUCCCCCACCUCGCCUUCGAAGGCGCAACAAAGAAAACGCGCCCUCAGCUCCCUCCAAACUCGCUCGUAUACUGCCGCGUCGCAAGCGCAGGCAAGGACCUGCCCCCCGAACUCACCUGCGUCGAUCCCUCCACCGGCAAAAGCGAGGGCCUUGGCUUGCUAAAAGGUGGCAUGGUGUUCAAAGUUAGCUUAGGAAUGGCGAGGCGCAUGCUUGCUGCGCGCGGCGGGAUUACGCUGCUGGAGACACUGGGUGCGAAGAUAGGGUUCGAGGUUACGGUUGGGAGGAAUGGACUUGUGCAUGUGGAUGCAGGGAGUGUAAGGGCAACGCUGGCGAUUGGUAAGGCGAUACAGGAGGUUGAUGAGAAAGCUCUGGGAGAGGAGGGACAGAAGAAACUUGCGGGGGCGACGUUGAAGCUUUGUUCGUAGGGCUGGGGCUAGUUUUGGGUACUUUUUGAGGGAGAAGAGUACCGACUCGACGUGUCCACGCCGGAGAAGACUAUGGCGCCAACAGCGUCAUACAAGUCAAAAGGAGGGACGUGAUGCAUAAAACCGGACCUCGCAUUCUACUCACGCCUACCACCACUCGACCACUCGAAUGGGAGUUUCUGCGAUAGAGACUAGGGAACUAGUGCGAGUCGCAAUUACCUCUCCUUAUCAACGGACCAAGGCUCGCUAAUCACAAAAAAGGUAUUGGUUUCCGUCACCACUAGCCCUAGGUUGUGGUUCGAUUAGGGAAACUGUUGAAAUAACGAGCUUCCUUUUGGCGCGACAAGAUGCUAAAAAAGAAGUAGUCGGCCCUGAAAUCAUUGGGUUACCAUUUACAUGUAAUACAUUUCCUAGCGAGUAGCACUAGGAAUCAAUAAUCUCUCCUAAAAGGAAUCAGAACCAGAAAUCAACGGCA